UAGUAUAGAUUUAAAAUAUGCGUUUACCAUACCUUCAUAUAUAAACCACCAAUAGUGUCCUUUCAGCAUGUUCAAGAUAUUUUAUAUUUGUCAAAGAAAACUAAAGAACUAUGACUCAUAGACUAUGAGUUAACUCUUUAAAAACAAAAUUCUUAUGAUGUUAAACAUAAUAAAUAUCUAUUUCAUACCGGGGAACAUUACUGUCACAGAUUAAAAUAGUAGUCUACAGUCAAGUUAUUGAAAAACAUUUUUACGAAGACCGCAACAUGGCUAUAUGCAGAUUACAAUCGAAUCGUUGCCUUAUUCUGGUAGGACUGACGAUAUUGAUAGCUAUAGUUUCACUUUUUUUCGUAUUCUCGCAACAUGACGUCGUAAACGAAAUCUCCGACCCGGAAUUCGAGUUGCCCCCGUCGAGUAUGCCGAUGGGUUUGUACAGCAAAGUCGGAGUAGUAUCAAACGGUGGACCGUGUGCACAAAUUGGAGUGGACGUGAUAUCGAAAGGUGGAAAUGCCGUUGAUGCUGCUAUAGCUACGAUGAUAUGCGAUGGUGCUUUAUGUCCUCAAUAUAGGGGUUUGGGUGGAGGAUUUUUAAUGAGUAUAUACAACGCCACAACCAAGAAAGUCAUGUCAAUCGACGCACGGGAAACAGCACCAUCGGGGGCAACUGAAUCCAUGUUUGUAAAAGAACCUAAAAAAUCUGUAUACGGUGGUUUGGCAGUUGCAGUUCCGGGAGAACUUAAAGGCUAUUCGACUAUCUAUAAUUUAUAUGGUGGUCAAGUUCCAUGGCCAUCACUAUUUGAACCAACUAUAAAAUUAUGUGAAGAGGGCAUGCUAAUCAGCAAACGUCUCGAGUCAUGCCUAAAGAGUGAAGAAGACUUGAUAAAAAAUGACCCAAUUCUCAGAAAAGCUUUUUUUAACGAAGACACUGGACAUGUAAAGAUAGCUGGGGAAAUGUACACGUUACCAAAGUUAGCAGAAACUAUGAAAGUCAUAGCAGCAGAAGGUGUAGAUGCCAUAUAUAAUGGUUCGUUAACGACACAGUUUUUAGAAGACUUAAAAAAAGUAAAUGGGAUAAUCACAAAAGAAGAUUUAGCCAACUAUAAAGUUGAAGUCGAAGAAUCUCUUUCUGUGAACUUAAAAAAUGGGCAUUCAAUACACGCUGGGCCACCUCCUAGUUCUGGUAUAAUACUAGCUUACAUACUCAGAGUGUUAGACGGCAUGUUGCCCGCACCCAGCCCCGGCUUAGAAGCACAUCGUUUGGUGGAGGCAUUUAAAUUUGGGUACGGUGAGAGAACCCAUUUGGGCGAUCACAAAUUCGUUAACGUGUCUCAAAUUUUCGAUAAAGUGAAAUCGGACGGUUACAUAAAUAAAAUACGUAGUCAAAUAUUCGAUAAUUUCACCUCGUUAGACCCUAAAUACUAUGGAGGUGAUUUUGAUAUGCCAGAAAAUCACGGAACUGCCAACAUGGUCGUGAUUGAUUCGACGGGAAACGCCGUCAUAAGUACUAGUACAAUAAACACACUCUUUGGUUGUGGUUUCACGUCUCCUAGCACCGGUAUACUUCUGAAUAAUGAAAUGGACGAUUUUUCUACUCCCGGGGUCGUUAAUUAUUACGGUAUUCCGUCUUCACCGGCCAAUUAUAUAGAGCCGGGCAAACGACCAAUGUCUUCAAUGUGCCCAACAAUUAUCACAGACAAAAAUAAGGAUUUUGUUCUCGCAGUAGGAGCGGCGGGAGGAUCAAAGAUCACGCUGGCAAUUGCCUACGUGUCUGCUCUUAAAUUAUGGUGCAAUAAAACGCUGAAAGAAGUUAUAGACAAACCAAGAAUUUUCCACCAACUUGUACCAAUGCAAGUUCAGUAUGAAUACGGAACGACAAGAGAUGUAAUACAAACACUUAAAGAUAUUGGUCAUCCAGUGAUCCGACUGACAACUACAGCAUCUUCGGCAGCAACAGCUAUCGCCAAAUCGGCUUCCGGAAUGAUAGAAGCUAUGCCAGAUUAUCGACGACCAGGAAAUUCAUCUGGAUACUAA